UAUAACUCUGCCACAGAGCCAAAAACGACUUCUUAAGCUUCGAUUCCAUGGCAACUCUCACCGGUUUCUGCUUCAACACAGUGGAUUUCACCUUCAAACCUCGCCAAAUCCCUAGAAUUCUCUUCUCCGACCCCAAGCGAGGCAGGAAUCCAUGCUUGCUCUGCAGAAAAAGCUUUCGAAGGGACCGAGCUCACCUCUCCUUGAGAAAUUUCGAUAGGUUUAGGUGUUUUAGUACUAAUGACAAUGACAAUGGUGCCGAAGAUACUAAGAGCUCUACCUCCACUUCAAAUGACUCCGCAGCCUCCACCACUUCGACAACGGCGACAACGGAACCCCCGGAAGAGGCCGAAGAGACACCGCAGACAAAGCUUGAGUCCGAGAAGCCUGCUCCGGUUUCUUCCAGGCCACCAACACCACCAUCAUUUGGACCAGCUUACAGCAAUUUCCAAGUUGACUCUUUUAAAUUGAUGGAGCUUCUUGGACCAGAGAAGGUUGAUCCUGCAGAUGUAAAGCUCAUUAAGGACAAGCUCUUCGGGUAUUCUACAUUCUGGGUGACCAAAGAAGAGCCUUUUGGAGACCUUGGUGAGGGUGUUCUUUUUGUUGGGAAUUUGAGGGGGAACAGAGAAGAAGUGUUUGCCAAACUCCAAAGUCAGCUGGUUGAGGUCACUGGUGACAAGUACAACCUUUUUAUGGUGGAAGAACCCAACUCAGAAGGUCCAGACCCACGUGGAGGGCCACGUGUUAGCUUUGGCCUGCUGCAGAAAGAAGUCUCAGAACCAGGUCCAACGACACUUUGGCAAUAUGUAAUAGCUCUCUUGUUAUUCCUUCUUACAAUUGGCUCUUCUGUGGAAUUAGGAAUUGCAUCUCAGAUCAAUAGUCUUCCACCAGAGGUGGUGAAAUAUUUCACAGAUCCAAAUGCAGUUGAGGCACCAGAUAUGGAGCUGUUAUUCCCAUUUGUUGAUUCUGCUUUGCCCUUAGCAUAUGGUGUGUUGGGGGUUCUGCUAUUCCAUGAAGUUGGGCACUUUCUGGCUGCAUUUCCCAAAAAAGUAAAACUUAGCAUUCCUUACUUCAUUCCUAAUAUCACCCUCGGAAGUUUUGGUGCUAUCACUCAGUUUAAAUCCAUUCUUCCGGAUCGGAGUACACAAGUUGACAUAUCACUUGCGGGGCCAUUUUCUGGUGCUGCAUUGUCCUUUUCAAUGUUUGCUGUUGGUCUGCUGCUUUCAUCUAAUCCUGAUGCCACGGGAGACCUGGUGCAGGUUCCAAGCAUGCUGUUUCAAGGCUCUUUGCUUCUUGGGCUCAUCAGUAGAGCCACUCUCGGUUAUGCGGCAAUGCAUGCUGCAACGGUUGCAAUUCAUCCUCUUAUGAUUGCUGGCUGGUGUGGCAUAACAACAACUGCUUUUAAUAUGCUUCCAGUUGGAUGUCUUGACGGCGGAAGAGCCGUGCAGGGCGCUUUUGGAAAAAAUGCUCUAGUUGGCUUUGGUUUGACAACUUACACGAUGCUUGGAUUAGGAGUGCUUGGCGGACCUCUAUCGCUUCCAUGGGGAUUGUAUGUGCUCCUCUGUCAGAGGGAUCCAGAAAAGCCUUGCUUGAACGAUGUAACAGAGGUUGGGACAUGGAGGAAAGCGUUUGUUGCAGUGGCUAUCUUCCUAGUUGUGCUAACACUUCUUCCGGUAUGGGAUGAGCUCGCAGAGGAGCUAGGUAUAGGUCUUGUAACUACUUUUUGAUUUUAUAAAAUAAAGUAUCAUAUCAAAUUCAAUUUUGACUCUAAUCAAUUUCCAUGGUCAAAGUUCCAUAUGCAUAUACAACCUUGUAAUUAUCAUUCUUAUUUUAUUUUAUUUUUAAAUGAAAAUUAUUAGCUUUUAGUA